AUGGGAGCCUUAUAAAGUAUAAAAUUUAUUUAAUCUAGUAUGGGGCAUAUGUUCAGAGCAUGAAUAAAGGUUAAAAUAUAAACAUAUUUUGAAGUUUCAUCCAACAAUAAAGAUGAAACAAUAGUUAUUUUAUAUUAAUAUUAAGGAGAUCUUAGACAGUAUAAAUAUUGAAUACAUAGACAAUAGAGAGUUUUUUUAAGACUUUUCAAUACAAAAUAAUACUUUAUAAAUAUUUCUUAUUAUUAUUAUUAAAUGUGUUUAAAUCAUAAGAAUUAUAACAACUUUUAUUCUAUAAGAUUAAAAAUUUAAACGAAAAAAAUACCUUAAAAUUUUAUUAUUUUAAUAAUUAUAUGGAUUAAGAAUAAAAUUCAUUGGGAUUACUUGGAAUUCUUGAUUUCCGUUUGAUUUAAUAGAUAUCAAAAUAUUUGAUGGCACGUGAAAUAUUUAAUUUAGGGUUAACAAAUUCAUUUUUUAAAGAAUAACUCUUAAAUUUCAAGAAAAAAGAAAUUAGUAUAAAAAAAAAUAGUUUUGUAACUAAUGAUGGGAUUGAAUUGUAUUUAGAAUUAGAUAUUUCAGAUAUUUAUGAUAAAAUAGCAAUAAUUCAGGCAAUCGUCGAAACAAAAGAUCAAGGAUGGGCUACUGUAAUACAUACCAAAUAAUUCUAGGUACCUUAUUCAUCAUCUUGGGUAACAUUAACACUAUUCAAUGAAUAAUAGGAUUAUUUGACACAUUAACAAUAACCCUUCGAAUAAAGAAUUUAUUCGAAUUAUAAGGAAAAAUAAUUUGCUGAAAGGAGAUUAACAAUUACAGAAGCUAUGAAUGUGGACAAUUCUAAAAAAUAGUUAAAUGAAUCAAUUCUUGGUUUGAGUAGGAAAGGUUAAUUUAAGAAAUUAGGAAUCGUUUAAAAAUGUUUAGAAAUUGCAUGGGAAUGUUAUUUAAAAAGUGCAAAAAUCAUAGUGUUCUAUAGAGAUUGA